AUGAAAUAUUUAGUUAUUCUUUUAGGUUUGGUUGCUGCAUUUGAAUAUGAUGAAAGUUUAGCUCAUUAAUUGACUGCAUUUUCAUUUGGUGCUUAUUGUGAUAUAAAUGAUUUAAUAAAUUGGAAUGCAGGAUAAAUAAGUGAACAAUAUCCUCAUUUAACAAAUGUUUAAGUAUUUGAAAAUAAUGAAAUGGUAAUUUAGAUAUUAAAAUUUAGAAAACAAGAGGAUAUAUAGCAUACAAUUCAAUGACUUAAGCAAUUACAGUUGUUUUUAGAGGAUCUGAAAAUAUAAAGAAUUUUAUUGCAGAUAUAGAUACAAAGAAAACAGAGUUUAAUUCAGUUUGUAAAUGUUAAGUUCAUGAGGGAUUUUUGGCAGCAUACAAAUCCUUAAAAAUAUAUUUAGAUGAUUUAUUUGCAGGAUAUAGAGUAAAAUAUCCAUAUGCUAAAUUCCAUGUGACAGGUCAUUCAUUAGGUGGAGCUAUGGCAACAUUAUUUGCUAGUGAAUUAUCUAUGACUGGAUUAAAAGUGAUUUUAGUUACUGUUGGAUCACCAAGAGUAGGGGAUUCUAAUUUUUAUGAUUGGUUUUCUAAAUUAAAAGUGACACAUACAAGAUUAACAAAUAAAAAGGAUAUUGCUCCUCAUUUACCACCAUUUAGAUUCAGUUUCGAACAUGUGAAUACUGAAGUUUGGUAUUAUGAUGGAAUUAAUUACAUUAUUUGUUAAGAAGUAAAAGGAGAAGAUCAAAGUUGUUCAGUAUCAGUAACACUUACAAACUUAAAUGAUCAUCAUUCAUAUUUAGGUUGGUCAUCAAAUUCAUGUAAUUCUGUACCCGUAAAAGAAAUUUUAGAAUGAUUUGAUUAUGAAAAAUGAUUAUUAAUAUAAAAAUUUAAAUUU